AUGGCUCAAUCGACAGCGAAAGGAUCAGGGAAAGUAGAUGAGUGUCAAACCCUGUUCGUUCAAAACAUACCACCUAGAUAUCAUUGGAGUGGUUUGAGACAAUUAUUUGGUAGGCAUGGAGAUGUGGUUAGCUCUUACAUAGCGAGGAAGAAUGACAGAAUGGGGAAGCGAUUUGGUUUCGUUAGAUUCUCUAAUAAAGAUGAUACAGUAAGAACAAUGCAGAGGUUAAACGGUUUUUGGUUAUUCGGCUAUCGACUAUCAGUAAAGGAAGCGCGGUACAGAGUCAAGGAUCAGAGUGGGAAUCUGAAUAGUCAUUCAUCCUUCAGCGCAGAUACAAGGGUACAUAAAGAUAAAAUGAAUAGUGAAGAAGAGUCUGAGGUGAAAGUAUGCAGGAGAAGUACGACUAUACAGGGGGUUAUUGAUGAGGAUGUCGUUCGAAAGCUCCAGAAAUGCCUGGUAGGAACAAUGGCGACGGUUUGUUCUUCAACUCAUGUGGAAGAUAGAGUAAGAGCAGGAGGUCUGGGUGAGAUUAAGAUCAAGUGCUUGGGAGGGAGAGAUUUUUUAAUAGAAUUUGUUGACGACGAGUUGUAUACGAUCAUGAAGGAGCAUAAAUGGUUGUUCCUAUUGGAAGUGUUCGUGGAAGUUCAUCCAUGGACAGAAUCUUACAGAGCUUCUGAAAGAGUUACUUGGAUUAAAUUAAUUGGUGUUCCGUUACACUGCUGGAAUCAUAAUACUUUUAAAAGGUUAGCUGAGCAUUGGGGAGAAUAUUUAGCAAUGGGAGAAAAUGCUUUUCAGGAUCUGGGAUGUGAGGAGAUAUCUAUCCUGAUUGCAACUAGUAGAAAUGUUUUAAUAGAUGAUAUGGUUGAUUUGGAAGCAGGAAGAGAUGUUUUUAAAAUUAGAAUUGUGGAAUUGCCCACUAAUAGAAGUGAAACAAGCAGUCAUAAGCGAGAAGUUAAAGUUAAUUCAGUCGCUGGUGAAUCGAGCUCGUCGGCCGACAAGAGUUUAGAUUCCUCGGAGGAGAAGAAUUCGGAGAGGCGGCAAGAGGGAGACGAUAGCCAGCUAUGUUGUAUGGGGAAUGUAUCAAGGGGCGGCUAUAUAUCGGGCGUGGAUGAGAGAGACAUUGGGGAGGAAGCAAUAAUGGGGUAG